CCGCGGGAGCGUCCUCUGUUUCUUCUUUCUCUACGUUAGUCUCCUCUGUUUCGGCCGUUGGUGCUGCUCCGGUUUCCUUAGCCAUUGCCGGAGCGAUCGUUGUUCGGGAGCGGAGCUCGCAGCUGCCGGUUCCGUUCCGAAACGACCAGCGAGUGGUAAAGUGGUCUCCGUUUGUAAUCCUGACGAGCCUCCAGUUCGUCUGGUCGAUUUGAGCGAACCGAGUGCAUUGCAGCCGACCUCCUCCGCCACUGUGAUGACCAGGCAGAUGGCAGAACCAGAGAAGGAAAGUUCCUCUGUUCAGUCAAAAUCGAAGAAAGGACUGCUAGACGAAGAAAUUGGAAAGGAAUUUCUCAGCUCCUGGAAGUCCAUGUCUGUCACUGAAGAUGAUGGGAUGGACUUUAGCUUUGAGACUAUCGGAAAGGGCAAAAAGAAUGCAUUUAACUUCGAUAAACUGGACAUGGAUUUUAAUCUGGAUGGUGAUUUUAGCAAGUUAUCCACAUUCAAAGUUGACAUGCCAGAUAUUGAUUUCUCUUGCUUACCCGAGGAAACUGCAAAACCCAAGGAGGGCAAUGCAGAAGAAUCCUCUGUCAGAAAUGGUGAAAGGAAAAAGGAAACCUUUUCCUUCUCCUUUGGUUUUAACGGGAUGGAUAACUUUGACUUUGACUCUGGCUUUACAAAAGGAGUAAAGACUCCCAAAAAAGAUUUGAUGACCAAAGAAGUUGCUUCGGUUAAACUAAAUGAUCAAGGCACUAACAUCCACCUAAGUGGAGAUUUCGCUGUUUAUGAUGAUGAUGGAAAAAAGCUUCCAGCUAUGAUGAGCAUGGAAGCUUCACAAGAGGUUGGUAUUGGCGCUAAACAUACUUCAUUGAGAACCAACUCCUUGGGAUCUGCAACCUUUCGAGUUAAAGCUCUACAAAAUGAAGAAAGAGCUUGUUUAGAUACGCAAAUGGGUGGCUCUCCUGAGGAAUCUGAUCAACAAGGUGACUUAUUGGAGAAAAGUGUGCAGACAAGAUUGUAUGUACAAAAUGAAGAUACAAUGACCCAGAAGAGUGGUUCGGUGGUUCCAAAAGAAGCCUGUUCUCUCGUUAAAGUACCAGACAGCCAUACUGGGAAUGACCAAAAUAUCUGUGAUAACAUGGUAAAUGAGGAUGUACCAUAUCCUGGAAACUUGCAGUCAAUGGACCCAUGUGCAUCAGAUUCUGCUAAAUCGGUGAAUGAUGCUAAGAGGAACCUGCUCGAUAUUGGUACCUACAGUGAUUGUAUGGGUAGUAGUGAACAUGACCAAGGUCAAUUAGAUAUUGAAGACGCAGCCACGUCGAAUGUUUCGAAGAAAACACUGGGUGAUACCAAAUUUGAGAAACAGGAUGAAAACUUGGUGAAAAAGCUUGAUUUGGCUACAGUAAAUAGGGAGGCUGCAGCAAAUAAAAUGAUGCCAACCAAUAAUAAGGAGUCUGGGCGUGUAUGCUCAAAGUUUUUCAAGAGACUAAGAGAUACUGGAAAUUCAGAUGCGGAACCAAGACUUAUCCAGCUAGGAAGCAAAAAAGUUGGUGGCAUAAAUACAAAUUCAGCUGAUGAAAUGAGAGAAGGCUCAUGUAAAGAUACAUGGCUAGAAACCAAACUGGACAAUAAUGUGGCUGGGAUUUCAAGGAUUGGCAGCAGCAGAAAUAAAUCUGGCAGCUCGUCGAAUAGCUCAAGCUCAACAGAGACAUCAAAGACACCGGGUAGUCAAGCUUGUGUGGAUCCUGAACGUACUGGUUUAAGCACUGAAGCUCCUGGAAGCACCAGGAUCAUGAGUCUAGACAGAAAAAAACUUCACUCAAUAAAUGCUACGACAACACGCAACCUUUCUAGCUUGAGCAUUAAGAGGGCCCCUGGAAGUGCUGUAGAACAGCCGGCUUCAAGACCACUAGCUGGAGCCACUUCAACAAAAGCCCCUGAAGAAGUUACACAGUCACAAAGAAAUUCUGGAAAACUAAUACCACUGCCUGGUGGUAAUCCAGAAAAAGAGAAACAACUGACACUUACAUCAUCUCUGAAGAGGAAAACAUAUGAGACAGCGAGCACCAAUACGAUGUCUUGUAGCCCUCUCAAGCGGCUCUCUGAGUCACCUGUUCAAAGCCGAAGUUGCAAAGAGGCAUCGCCAAAAUUAGUUGUCAGCGGACAAAUGAAAGAAGUAUCUGUUUUCUUUGAGAACAAGGGAGAUGUUAAGAGCAGGAAUUCAUUAGAUGACUCUUCACCUCAAGUGGAGAUCUCAAGAGUGAAGAACAUGGUAGACUACGAAUUUACAGCAUUAGUGGAAAAUGAUGGGAAUGUUGAAGAGGCUGAGGCGUAUACAAAGGAGCUCGAGGAUUUAUGCAACAUGCUUAAAAAGAAGCAGGAUGAAGCCAAAGAACUUCUGGUUCGGGCAAUUGUGAAUAAUAACCACCUACUGAUGCUUAAUCAUCCUAUAUUUGAAGAAAAAAUUCGCAGUGUUCAGAAAUUCGCAUCCGAACUCAUGGCCACACAGACCGGCAACCGUGAUCACUGAUGAGAAUUUUGGUGCGCUUUGCUUCCGUUUCCAAGCUGAGAUGCAACAGGUUCAGUGUCAUUUUAUGUGACGAAAUAAUUGCUCUCCUAUAUUGAUUUCUGAUGUUAGCUAGAGAUCAAGAAUGAGAACUGAUCUAUGUAGAAAGAUCUCAUACUGGACUUGAAGUUACGGUGCUUCAGAAAUAUGUGGAUAUCGUUAAUAUUGGAGGAUGUGGCCUUUGUAAGUACGCACGACUUUUGACGUA